CCUCGGCUUCCCGAGCGCUCGCCCGGGCCUAAGGCAAAGUGAGCCUCUUUGCCGUCGCCGGCUGAUGACGGAAGUGCCUUGCGCGAGGCGGGCCUUCCUUUUCCUUGCGUGCCUGGCCAAGGUGCCUGGAGAAGCGGGAAGAGGCAGGCACGGAAGGUAGAAGAUGAUGGGGGGCAAGAGCAGCGCUAUCGCCGCUGGCGUCUGCGGCGCCCUUUUCAUCGGCUACUGCAUCUACUUCGACCGCAAGAGGAGGAGCGACCCCAACUUCAAGAACCGGUUGCGGGAACGAAGAAAGAAACAGAAGCUUGCCAAAGAAAGAGCAGGAUUUUCUAAGUUGCCUGAUCUAAAAGAUGCUGAAGCAGCAAAAUUCUUUCUUGAAGAGAUUCAGUUGGGAGAGGAACUUUUAGCACAAGGAGAAUAUGAAAAAGGUGUUGAUCACUUGAACAAAUGCCAUUGCUUGUGUGGACAACCUCAGCAAUUACUACAAGUUCUCCAACAAACUCUUCCACCACCAGUUUUCCAAAUGCUUCUUACUACGCCUACAAUUAGUCAGAGAAUUGUAAGUGCGCUGCUUGCUGAAGAUGAUGUGGAAUGAGAAAUAUUUCAGGAAUGCCACUUCCUUAGUCAAAAGAUGAGCAUCCGGGGGUAGGAAGAGUAACAGAAUAGCAUAAAAGUCAUGAUGGACUGUGUACCCACAUUUAAGCCUGCAAAGUUAAUUUUAACUCUGAGUAGGGUGGUUUGGCUGGACUUAUUUAUUAAACUAGUGUAUUUUGAUAAAUUCAUUUUAUAAACGCACCAUAUUGAGUUAUAAAAAUAUCAUUAAUGUCAAUGCAAAUAAAGUUGUAUAUACACAGACUACAAUGUUCAAACAUGCACACCCCUUGCUCAUUUUGAACACCCAAAGCUAAGGCAUUAAAAAUGUACCUGGUCCGUUCAUGUGUAAUGCCUGCUUUUUCAGCAGUCAAAGGGGUUGGGGUGGGGGGGACAAUGUCAACAGAUUUCAGCAAUCUCCUGGAAAUUUCUUAUGCUUGUUACUCAGAAAGGAAAAUCAGUGGACCUGACCUUUGAUUGUAUUUUUAUUAGAAUGGUCAUACAUUUUCCUUCAUUCUCUGAAAGCUGCCUAGGGUCUUUUAGAUCAAGAUACCUGGAAGUAACAUCAUCUUGAAUUAAGAUAACUGCCUCCUGGAUUUGACAGAUAGAACUUGUCUCUAUUACCAUAUCGGCACACAUAAGAUGACAUUCUGAUUUUUAGAUGUAAAUUAAACUGAGAGUCUUCAGCCAUAUACUAAAAUAAUCAUAUUAGAUAUUGGAUGCUUUCCUGUAAUAAAUGUAGAACAAUAUCAUUGAG